CCCGCCCGUCGCUGCUUUCCUCCGCUGGGCGCCAGCUGCUGCUUAGGCCUGAAAGAGGGCCGACGGCGGGCGGGCGCUACUGCAUCCUGAGCGCCAGCAGGGGCUGGUGGGUCCCGCACCCUUGCUUCUCACGGCGCGCUCUCGGACAUGGUGACCCCCAGCUCUGUGACCAGCCGACUGGGCUCGGUGUUCCCCUUCUUGCUGGUCCUGGUCGACCUGCAGUACGAAGGUGCUGAAUGUGGAGUAAAUGCAGAUGUUGAGAAACAUCUUGAAUUGGGCAAGAAAUUACUUGCAGCUGGACAGCUAGCAGAUGCUUUAUCGCAGUUUCAUGCUGCAGUAGAUGGUGACCCAGAUAACUAUAUUGCUUACUAUCGGAGAGCUACUGUCUUUUUAGCUAUGGGCAAAUCAAAGGCAGCACUUCCUGAUUUAACUAAAGUGAUUGAAUUGAAGAUGGAUUUCACUGCAGCAAGAUUACAGAGAGGUCACUUAUUACUCAAACAAGGAAAACUCGAUGAAGCGGAAGAUGAUUUUAAAAAAGUGCUCAAAUCCAAUCCAAGUGAAAAUGAAGAAAAGGAAGCCCAGUCCCAACUUACAAAAUCUGAUGAAAUGCAGCGUUUGCGUUCACAAGCACUUGAUGCUUUUGAAAGUUCGGAUUAUGCAGCUGCUAUAACCUUCCUUGAUAAGAUUUUAGAGGUUUGUGUUUGGGAUGCAGAACUACGGGAACUUCGAGCUGAAUGUUUUAUAAAAGAAGGGGAACCUAGGAAAGCGAUAAGUGACUUAAAAGCUGCAUCAAAAUUGAAGAAUGAUAAUACUGAGGCUUUUUAUAAGAUCAGCACACUGUACUAUCAGCUAGGAGACCAUGAACUGUCCCUCAGUGAAGUUCGUGAAUGUCUUAAACUUGACCAGGAUCAUAAAAGGUGUUUUGCACACUAUAAACAAGUAAAGAAACUUAAUAAGCUUAUUGAGUCAGCUGAAGAGCUCAUCAGAGAUGGCAGAUACACAGAUGCGACCAGCAAAUAUGAGUCUGUCAUGAAAACAGAGCCAAGUGUUUCCGAAUAUGUAAUUCGUUCAAAAGAGAGGAUUUGCCACUGCUUUUCUAAGGAUGAGAAGCCUGUUGAAGCGAUUCGAGUGUGUUCUGAAGUUUUACAGAUGGAACCUGACAACGUGAAUGCUCUGAAAGAUCGAGCAGAGGCCUAUUUAAUAGAAGAAAUGUAUGAUGAAGCUAUUCAGGAUUAUGAAACUGCUCAGGAACACAAUGAAAACGAUCAGCAGAUUCGGGAAGGUCUAGAGAAAGCACAGAGACUAUUGAAACAGUCGCAGAAACGAGAUUAUUAUAAAAUCUUGGGAGUAAAAAGAAAUGCCAAAAAGCAAGAAAUCAUUAAAGCAUAUAGAAAAUUAGCACUACAGUGGCACCCAGAUAACUUCCAGAAUGAAGAAGAAAAGAAGAAAGCUGAGAAAAAAUUCAUUGAUAUAGCAGCUGCUAAAGAAGUCCUCUCUGAUCCAGAAAUGAGGAAGAAGUUUGAUGACGGAGAAGAUCCGCUGGAUGCAGAGAGCCAACAAGGUGGUGGCGGCAGCCCUUUCCACAGAAGCUGGAACUCAUGGCAAGGGUUCAAUCCUUUCAGCUCAGGAGGACCUUUUAGAUUUAAAUUCCACUUCAAUUAAACUAGCUUUUAUUUGUUCUUCCUUAAUUUUUUUAAAGAUUAAAAACAAAGAAACCUUGUUCCAGGAUCCUAAUGGGAAUUUCAAAUCUUUCAGUUUGUCCAUGACCAAAGAGUUGUUUUAUAGGAAAAAUUUGUUCUUACCAUUUUAGACUUGAGGCUGAUGGGUUUGUGAGGGCAGGGAGGCGAGGAAUGGUUCUGUUUCUGACCAAACAGCCUGUGUCUGUGUUGUGAUUGUCUGGAAGUGGUCUGAGGCAAGCUCACCUAUGGAAGUGCUCACCUAUUUUAUGUUUUUCUACACUGGAACAUGUAGACAUUAUUUUCUUCACAGCCUUGCACAGUAUGUCAGUGCCUACAUGUAUAAGGAGGAGCUGUAAAAACUUUAUGAGAUUGGGUAUUUCAGUAUUUCAGUAUUCUUAAUGAGAAUAUUAACAUUUUGAGCUAUAUGUUCUUAGGGACAACUUUGCUUAGCUUCUGGUCAGUCCAGUCACUUGCAAAUAUUUGUUAAAUUACAGAACCACGUGCAUUUCCAUCUCCCUACUAGCAUGAACAUGGCCGUCACUGAAGGGGGGCAGAGCCCAUCUUUUAGAGAACCUACUAUGAAAUGGGAGUUGGUAUAGCCAGGUUUACACUUUGGAUUGAUGAUAAGCAUAUACUUUGUAUUAUUAUUAUUUUUUUUGUUCAGUGCCUGCAAGAGAAUACUGAAAACCACUGAAAUAGCAUUAAUUGUAAAACCUCUGGGCCCUUUUUGUUUAAUAUGAAACUAACACGUUAACUUCAAAGAUAAGUUAUGUAUAAAAUAGGUUCAGCUAAUACAGCAGUGGCAUUAUUUAAAAUAGUAUUGCUGAAGUGUAGCGUGAACUACUUUAACAAUUGAAGUUGUGAGUUAAACAGAAUUUCCUGUAACAGGAUUGGCUUAGAAAUGUAAAGUUACUCAGUCAACAUAAAUAGGAUACCCUUUCCCACUAUUAGUAGGUACAGUGGCACCGCUUUUCUUACCUCCUUGGCUGACCCUCUGGGGCCACAGUGACCCCCAGGUGGGACCUGUUGAAGAUGGCCACUAAACAGCAGACCUGUCCCUUCACCAGACCUUGAUGCCUCUAGAUGUUCUCCUGCCUAGGAAAAAACACAGGUUUACAAAUUACAGCUCUGGCUAUAUUUCCACUAUCACCAUGGCAACUCUUCUUUGGAUACCUUCUUACCCUUUAAGAAAUGAACCAUUCAAUCUUUGUAUAUUCGAUAAUUUUUUCCUUAAAAAAAUGAGUGUUACUUUAAUCAAGAACAUUAAAUAUUUAUGGAACUAUUGAUGCUGCAUACAAAAUCUAAGAGAAUUACUUUAGAUAAGAAUUAUUACCUUUAUUCUAGAAAGGUUUUUGUGUUUGCCUCAGAGCAUUUUGAAGCAUUUUAAGCAGUAUGGGUCUAAUAUAUUGUUUUUAUGAAAUCAAGCAUUUUAAUUUUAGUUGUGGGUGGCAUCCUUACCAGUAAUAUCCACAACAGCCAAGCACAAAUCAUUUUCUUCUACAGUCAUCCUGAAACAUAUGUGGAAAAAUUUUUUUUUAAACUGAGAGACAAAAAUCACAUAGUUUAGUUGGUAAAACACAUAAGUGCUUUUUGCAUCUAUUUAGAAGUCUAUUUCUUACCAAUAAACUUAAUGCAUUUUGAAAACUA